AUGCAUAUAGCGAAAGAGAGAGACAGGAGGAAAAAUUCCAGGCGUUCAGACAAGGUGUCAGCUUCCAAGGUCCUACAGGAGACCUGCAACUACAUUAGAAGCUUACACAGAGAGGUGGAUGACCUAAGCGAACGACUGUCCAGGUUACUGGCUACAGUCGAUGCUGAUAGUCCUGAGGCUGCAAUAAUCAGGAGUUUAAUUAUGUAAUGAACCCUUGUAUUUUUCUUAUCGUACUUCUUCCUAGGGUUUGGUCACUUAACCAAACAAGGUUCAGAAUUAAGUUCUAAGGUAUUCUGGGUACUAUGAUUGAGACAUAUAAUAAAAGGGUUUGCACUUGCUAAGGCUUUUAUAUAAA